CUCUAUAUAUUUCCCGCUGUAUUCUAUAGCCUCAGUCAGUUCUACAGGACUUCAGUUUUCCUCGGUUUGUGAAGUAGGGCACACGUGUCGCCAUUUUGAUUUCUCGACCGGGACAUGCACAGAAAUCGUCUCGAGAGAAGUGCCUCGAAGAGAUGGCGGGGUUCUGUGCGUCGUAUCCUAUCCGCAGCUGUUUAUAACCUCUCCUGCUUCACCCACGGCUGUAGCACUGGCUGGGUGUCCGGGGUACUAGGGAACGAGGCGUUGACAGGAGGUGCCUGGUUAGCCGCCCUACCAUGUCUAGUUGCAUUGCCUGCGGCGCCGUUCUUCGCGGUACUGGCCGAUGCCAAGGGCAGGAAGGCAGGAGCGUUUUGUAUCAGCGUUAGCUUUAUUAUAAGCUGGUCGUUAGCAGCAUGGUGUGGUCCCAGAGGUGUCUGGGCGGCCAGGAUCGCAGCAGGUGCAGGAGGCGCGGGCGCUUUGGCGUUAGCGCCUGUUUACUGCGCGGAAAUAGCUCCUAGAACAAGGGGGUUAGCUGCAAUGCCUGCAUUGGCUUGCAGUAGCGGCAUUCUCUUCGCGUACGGAGCGGGAGGAAUGCUGUCAGCACAUGCGGUGUCUCUCUCCAUGGCUGUCCCGCCUGCUGUUCUCCUGGUAUCACUGCUAUGGCUGCAGGAGACGCCUUCGUUCCUCAUCAGCAUUGGGAGGAUGCAGGACGCAGCCAAAGUAAUAUGCUGGUUCGACGGGUCAGACUUCCAAGAAGAUCUUACGGACGUGAUAGAGCAGCAAGAAGUAAGGAUCAGGACUUCAGAAUAUUACGGGAGGCGCGAAGGAAUACGGAGACAGGACUCGGACGCCUUCCAGCCGAUGUUGAAGAGAAGCAGUGGGCUGGAUUCCAAUUGUGAUAGGAGGAGCGAGACCUCGGCUUGUAGGGACUUGUUCCGCCACCGUCGCUCCCGGCGCGCCUUGGUCUCCUGCGUCGUCCUGUUCUGCGCGGCGGCCGGCAGUGGCGUGGGCGCAGUUAACAGCUUCGCUGCUGCCGUGCUCAGACAUUCCACACACGACGUCCCACACCUUAACCUCACUGUUUACAACUUCACGCUUUAUAAUGGGACUGUACCUCGUAGGUUAUUCGACACAUCUGAAGCUGGGUCUAUAAUGUGCGGUACUGCUUUAGUCUUGGGAGCUGCAGUAGCUACAGUCACCGUUGACAAAAUUGGGAGAAAGAUAUUGCUACUCUGGUCCUGCUCCGGCAUUACAUGUUGCCUUGCAUUAUUAGGAGUCUACUGCGACCCUCGCUUACGUAUGCAAUCCUGGUACAUCAAUAGGCUAUGGCCUUACAGGAAACUUAUACACGAUGACGGUUUUCAUCAGAAAAUCAUCAACGUACCCCAAAAUAUUGUCGACCUGCCCCAAAACACUAGUUUAUUAUAUGAAGAAUUAAUAUUGAAGAAUUAUACAAAAAGUUGGCUAAAUGUGAAUGAGAGUUUGACUGAAGUACCGCCUAAAGUUUUAAAUUUAACGACAAAUGAUGAUACAACGUUAUGGGCCCCUGUUACUUUAUUAUCUGUAACGAUGUUCCUGUAUAAUAUAGGGUUGGGAUCUGUGCCUUUUGUGUUGAUUUCGGAAUUGUUUUCGAUAAAUGCACGCAGUCUCGCAUCCAGCCUUCUCAUAUCAUGGAUGUGGCUAAGCAGCUUUCUCCUUCUCCGCUACUACGGCACUAUUGCUGUCUCGCUCGGUCUCCACGGGACAUACUAUAUAAGCGCCUCUAUAACACUUCUGGGCUCCUUGUACACCUUCUUCAUAAUACCAGAAACGAAAGGAAGAACUCAGGAAGAAAUCGAUCAGGCUUUGGAUGGACCGUUACUGGUAAUGGAGAAGAAUGAGCGAUGACGAAUCAGUAGGAGAUUUAUGGUAUUUAUUUUGACUUUAACUGUAUCGUAAUUAUGAGAAAUUUUAAGGUUAUUUCUGAUACCUUCCUUAUUCCAUUUAAUUGUACCUAGUUUAUAGGAUUUGGUUAGAAACAGUACUGCUAAUAAUAUAUUAUAAAUUCUAAAUGUUGAUUCAUAAUUUCUCCAAACAAUUUGUCUGAGAGUGAAAACUGAAAUCAAGGAUAUAAAACAUAAAAAAAAUAUUGUGUAAGUAUUCAAAGAGAAAUUAAAUUGAAUAUGCCAAAAACAUGACGCAUUAAGAAAGUUUCAUUUUAAUCUAUUACCUAGGUAUAACCAAUGAAUGAGUCACUGGUAUUAUACUACACUACACUUGCUCUCAAUUACAAUUUAAUAAUAAUUCGACUAGGUAUAUUUGUUUCAUAAAAACAUCUAAACAUCGAGCCACAAAUAUGUCAGUACCUACCUAGUUGUUAAAUGCAUAUUUAAAUGAAUGUUUAGUUUUGGUAGGUUAGUUUUGUUAUAGAAAAGGAAUAACCACCAAAUUAUCAACAAAAUGUAAAAUGUUAGUUGGUAAAAUAUAUUUUUGUGAUGAUCGUUACAGUUGGUAAAUUUUUAAUGUAAAUAUUUGAUGGGACAAUUUUAGUUAAGAAAUUUUAAAGAUUUUCACAUGAAUUUUAGGUAAGAGUUGUGGCAUUUUUUUUUUAUUUCAGCAAUAAUUUUUUUAAUUUAAUUUUUUUUAAAUGACGCAUAUUGUUUUUUAUUUUUUUCAAACAGUUAUACAUGUUCAUCUAUUAUGAAUAUUAUAUUUUUAUAGUUGGAAAUAA